AUGUCUGAAAGUUUUAUUAAAAAUGAAUAUGGUAUUAUAGAAUGUUCUGAUGAUGAAAAUUAUGGUUUUAAACAAAAUCAGGUAAUUGUAAAACAAAAAAAUAUAAUUAUCUAAAGAAAUGUAUUUAUAUUUCACGUUAUAAAUUAUUUCAAGUUCAUGAAUGAUUUAAAUAACAAAAAAAAAAAAAACCAUUUUGUUUUGUCUCUAUGGAAACAAUUAUGAAGGAAUACUAUACAGAUAUUUAUAUAUCUACUUGUAUAAAGAUACCAUAUAUUAAUAAUACAUUAAUUAGACAUUAAAAUGUGUUAAAUAAAGUUGUCCCUAUAACAUAGGUUCUCAAUUUAAGGUUAAUGUAACCAAUUUAAAUUUACAUUUUAUCUAGACCUUAAAAACUAAAUUUAUUAUUUUAAUUAAUUACUUAAAUUUGUAACAAAUAUUGUAAAUAUUUUUUUUUGUCUAGUAUUAUUAAAUAUUUUAAUUUUAGGUUAAUGAGUAUUACCCGGAACCAUCUGAAAUAUAUUCACUUUACAAAACAUUAGAAUCAGGUAAUGCUGCUUCUUUAAAACUAGAAUGGACAUGUCCAGGGCGAAGAGAAUUAACACCCAAUGAUGAUAACCAAAUUUCUCAGAAUAACGCUAAUGAUCUUUGUGAUAUUACAGAGUAAGACUUAUUUUUGAUCAUUUAAAAGUACAUUUAUUAAUUUUUUUUAUUAGGUCAUUGAAACAAUCUGGUUUUGAUUUUGAAGAAGAUAUAUCACACAUGAACUUAAGCCGUAUUGAUGGCAAAAAGGAAUUAAAAGGAAGUGCAAGGAAGAAGACUACUAGUUUAGAUGCAGUUUUAUCGAAUAUGGCCAGACAUCAAAAAUUAGAUAAUAUGCUUGAUGAAAAAUUUGAUUCUUUAUAA